AUGCCAACAGAUACCUGCUACGAUUUCCCUCUACUCAAAGAUGAAGUGAACGUUAUCGUGCAAGACGCAGUGCGUAGCGUGCUGGAGGGGAAUGUGUACGAGAACACCAAGGCAAACGACUGGGUCAACAUGGUGACAAAUGCUUGUAUUGAAGACCUGAAGCGCCUGUGUCCGAAUUUCAAGUACAUUGUCACGUGUUUUAUUCGUCAGCGGAAGGGAGCAGGGGUCGAAAUUGGCAGCGGCACGUAUUGGGACGAAAGGUCUGAUGGAUCAUGUACCGUGCAAUGGGAGAAUGCGACGAUAGCAACAGUCUUGUACGUCUACGGUUUGGCAAUUUGA